AUGUUCUCUGUAGCUCUGCUGCUGCUGUUGGCAGCUGGAUCCUGUGUGAAGUGUGAACAGUUGACACAGCCAACCUCAGUGACUGUGCAGCCAGGUCAACGUCUGACCAUCACCUGUCAGGUCUCUUAUUCUGUUAGCAGCCAUUACACAGCUUGGAUCAGACAGCCUGCAGGGAAAGGACUGGAGUGGAUUGGAAUGAGAGCUGGAUCCACCACAUACUACAAAGAUUCACUAAAGAACAAGUUCAGUAUUGACUCAGAGUCUUCCAGCAACACAGUGACUCUAAAUGGACAGAAUAUGCAGCCGGAAGACUCUGCUGUGUAUUACUGUGCCAGGCAGAGAGGAAGAGAGACAACAGUGGACACACAGUUGAACAUGAUGGGAUGUGUGACAGGAUUGCUGCUUCUAACUAUCUUCUGGACAGGUGUUGAUGGUCAGACUCUGACAGAAUCUGAACCAUCGGUUAAAAAACCUGGAGAAUCCCACAAACUGAUCUGUACAACCUAUGGAUUCACAUUCAGCAGCUACAGGAUGGCCUGGAUCAGACAGGCUCCUGGUAAAGGACUGGAGUGGAUUACCUGGCAUGAAAGUGGUAGUAGUAGCACCAAAUACUACUCUCAGUCAGUUCAAGGCCGGUUCACCAUCUCCAGAGACAACAGCAGACAGCAGCUGUAUCUGCAGAUGAACAGUCUGAAGACUGAAGAUUCUGCUGUUUAUUAUUGUGCUCGACACUCACAGUGA